CUUCGUCACUGUCCUGUACUCUCUGGAGCGCCUUCAAAUCUCCACCCCCAUUUUCAUUUUCUUUCAAACAAUUCAAGAUCAUUUCUUUCUAUUGCAUGAUGUCUCUGAUCCGAUUCUCAAUCUCUCCUACCACUUCCGUUCGUUCCUCGCCCUUCUCCUUCCCCAGCUUACAAUUGCACCCGAUCGUGUGCUCCCCCGUCACCAAAGACUCAUUAUCUUCUUCUUCUUCCUCUUCUAAGCUCUUAAACUCAAGCUCAACAAGCAGCUUUUCACUGUCUUUGAAGGAUGUCAAGAGGAACUGUUGGGCUUUCAGGGUGAGGUCGAGCUUGGAUACUGUGGGUCCUACAGCUACCGUGGGACAGGUUACUGAGGUCACCAAGGACACCUUCUGGCCUAUCGUCAAGUCCGCCGGCGAUAAGACUGUCGUCCUUGACAUGUACACUCAAUGGUGUGGACCUUGUAAGGUGAUGGCUCCCAAAUUUAAAGAUUUGUCAGAGAAUUACCUUGAUGUUGUCUUCUUAAAGCUUGAUUGCAACAAAGAUAACAAGCCAUUGGCAAAGGAGCUUGGCAUAAGGGUGGUGCCUACUUUCAAGAUUCUCAAGGACAGCAAGAUUGUAAGGGAAGUGACAGGAGCCAAAUUUGAUGAUUUAGUGGUUGCCAUAGAGGGUGUUAGAUCCAGCUGAUUCUCCUUUCUCCAGUAAAAAAGUAAAUAAAAAAUAAAAAAAUAAAAAAUAAAAACUUGAUAAGGACCAGGUACCAAUAUGGGCUUCAAAAUAUGAAAAAUAAUGAAUUUCUGCUUGUAGUUACCCGCUGAACCUUUUUUCAGGGAAAAUCGAAGUUAGAUGAAAACAGGUAAAGAUGAGAUUAUGUUCUGCUUCAGGAAAUAAAGAAAUGGGGUAUGAUUCUUUUUUUAGUUGUUUCCAUUUCCCUGAAGAAGCUGUAGUAUCCAAGAAAAGGGAAUGAUGUAAAUGCCAAUGAAGCAAAUUGUGAACUGAUUUUAGUUAACUAAAUAGUAAUUUUUAUUGCAUGGUGCUAUUGAAA